AUGCGACAAUCAGAGUUUAAAAUGAGACUUGACCCUGAAUUGGGUAGAUAUACAAGACAACAUAUUUAUGGAGAAGGAAUUAUGGGAGAUUUUAAAUCAGUUGGUAAAAAAAUAUUUGGAAAGACAAUGAAAAAAGCUGCUAAAAAGGGUGCCCAAAAAGCGGUAACAACAGCUGCAACAAAAACUGGUGAACAUGUAGGCAAAAAGGCUGGUGAUAAGAUAGUGCAAAUGUUAUCCAAAGGGGAGGUUGCACCCCCCCCGAAAACGUCCUGCUAAAAAAGUUACUUUUAAUAAAAAUGUUGAAACAAUGACUCAACAAGAGAUAAAUCAAAGAUUGAACAACCUUCUUAGUGGAGGUUCAACACGUAAGAGAAAAUUAUAUAAUUAUUAAAAUAAAAUGAAGUCAUUUAGAAAUCCAAAAUAUUUAGAUAGAUAUGAGGAUGUUGUUUUUGACCUGGAACAGACUUUAGAUGCGGCUCCAGCAAAUAACGCUCACCAAACUAAAACAGGUCUUAGAUUUGUUGCUGAUAACACAGGAGAAUCUACUCCUUUUGAUUGGUAUAACGCCCGAUUAUCAAUGGAUUUUAAAGUAAAUAAGCUGGCAGAUGGAGGAAACAUUGCGAUUGCAGACCAUAACGGAAUUGUAAAUGGUAGUAACUCAUUUAUAGAAAAAUUAAGUCUCCUAGCAAAUGGUGGAGAAGUUUAUAGUUGUAACUACGCAAAUCAUGUUGUAAAUAUUAAAAAUCUUCUUGAGUAUAAUCCUUCAUAUGCUCAGAGUGUUGCUACAAACGAAUUUUAUUUUCUUGAUACAUCAAGAUCUGCAGAGGAAAGACCUGCUCAAGCAACUUAUAAUAAAGGUUUUCAUCGAAGGAAAUUACUAUUAGGUGUAUCAGCCACAGUAAACUGUGAAAUUCCUCUUAAUAGGUAUUCUUUCUUUGAAGCAUUGGAAGAUAAAUUACUUCCAAAUACAAAAAUUGAGCUAAAUAUAGAAACUGAAAAAGAUGCAAAUUUAAUUUUUAAAGCUGCUGAUAAUUGUAGAGUUAUUAUAACAAGACUACAACUUUUUGUACCAAAACUUACGUUUAAUUCAGAUGGAGAAAAGUUGUACAUGGAAAAUUAUCUUAAACCUUACAAAUGGACAUAUUUGAAUGAAGUAGUUGAAAGAUCAAAUAAUACACAACAACAGACAGGACAUUUUAGAAUUACAAAUGCUAUUUCAAAGCCAAGGCAUGUAUUUAUUUUUGGAAUUGAUACGGCAAGAAUUGAUUCACAAACAGCAAAUCCAUUUUUGUACGACACUUUUGAUCUGCCAAAUGGUGCUAAUAUAUCAAGAUGUUAUCUGGAAGUUGCAAAUGGAAACGAAUACCCGGAUAUUCACUUUAAACCUUCUACAGAUAUGUCAAGGGUUUUUAGAAAUGUAAUGUCGUACGUCUAUGCAAAUAAUGAUUAUCAAGGUGGAACAUUACUUAAUAUAAGUAAUUUCAAAUCUAUAUUUCCUUUUGUUUAUUUUGACCUAACAAAACAAAAAAUGGAUAUCAAAGAUGGUGUUACAAAAUUAGCAUUUCAUUACGAAUUAUCUGCUAAUCCAGACGCUGAUUAUAAUAUUUACGCAUUAGUCUUACAUGAAAGAGUAGCAGAAAUAUCACAACAAGAUGGAAAACUAUUGCUUCGUGCUUAG